GAUUAUACCGCAUUCGACCUAAUCCUGCAGUGAGUCUGGGCACGUGCCUCAUUGACAGCAAUACGUGAACGCGAAAAUUCAUAAUUCUUAAACGAAAACGAAAUGAUAAGAGAGUCUAUUGUAUGCGUUGUAUUUUCAUCAGCGAAUGAUACCGGUGAAAUAACAAUGGGAAAUGACAUUUGUUAUUGAUAAUUUGUCACACCUUUUAACGAAAUCGGCUCCGCCGAACGGACGGGAUGAAUAUCAGGCGUCUGCCGGGAUUUAUGUACCAUUAUAAAGUCGUGGCAGCGCUCUUGUUUUCAGUGAUAUUUCUAGUGAUUUAUUUUCUUUUGCAUUGGGGCAUCAUGUGCACAAAUCUUGAAGCCUGGCGGCAUGUAUCGAAUGUGUGUAAAAGACAUUCAGAGGGCAUUGCUGUGGGAAUCUUAUGUGGUCCAUUAUGCUCGGAACGUGGAAUUCACACGUUAGCUUGCGAAACACUACAUGCCGGAAAGGAAGCCGUAUUUUCCGCCCACUGGGAAACGACGCGUCUUGUAUUCAAGUCAUCGAGAUCAAAGCAAAGAACUGAUCAAUUCGGAUCAAUAUUUUCGGUCGACUCGUCGGCCGUAAAGCAUUAUCCAUCUGAAGAGGAUUUUAGAGAAAUGAUAAAGAGUCUUAUAUCAACUAAAUUGAAUCAAACGAUUUCUAAACAGCAAUUAGAGCGAUUGAGUCGAUUGCGCAAUCAUCAUGUGGAAACAAAUCCGGAAAAACGUCGCCUAGAAAUGGAAAACGUAUGGCCAUUGUUGCAAGAGAACGAAUACGUGAUAUCAAUACUUUACGAAGAUCGUGACGUGUUUCCACAAUUGAUUGGAACUUGCGGUACUUUUUACGCGGUGGAAUACGUCAGUCCUAUCGAAACGCCAACGACAAUUUUGGCACUGUCAGAUUCGAAACCCGAAUGGGCCAAACGAGUGAAAUUGGCCGUAAUGAUUUUGGAUCUUCUAGAAGAGCUUGAUAGUAACUUUCCAGAACCAUUUCAUCUGUGCGACGUAAAAAUAAAUCAUUUUGGGUUACCACUUGGCGGCCAGAGACUAAAAUUUCUCGAUUUGGAUGCUGUAUUUCCAAAAACUGUCGUCAGCCGUCUGACGGCUGACAAUAGCGAAUGUGAGAGACACGAAGAUUGUGAUUAUUUUGAUUGUCGAUCAUUGUGUUCGGAAAACAAGCGCUGUGAGAUUCCAGUUGUUAAUAAUAAUAUGCAGAUCAUCUGCGAGAAAAUCUUUCUUGGGUGGACGCUUUCGGGCACCAUCAUCAUUCCUGGUUUACUUAUGUCUGAACAUACUACUAGCACAUUGGCUGUAUUAUUGAGACAGUGUGCAAAUCCACAAAUUGAUUCUGUAUAUUUACCAAGAGCUGCAGUGGCUGACGAUGUCAAAACGAGGCUGUACAAUAUGCUGAGUGAAAUGGAUCAGGAACUUAUGUCAAACAGAAAUCAAUGAACAUGGACGAUAUAGUAUGAAAAAUUUGUAGAAUAUGAAAAGAGUUGCCUUGACAGUGAGCUUGCGAAAAUGGAAGCUGAGAAAUAUGGAUCUUAAAAUUAAUGAAAAUGUAGAAUGAUUUGUCUUCAACGAAAAAUUAGUAAAUAGUGUGAGUGCUCGGUAAGUUCCUAUUCGUGUAUCCCGUUAUAGUAGUGUCAAAAUAAUUUUCACGUAGAAUGGAUUAAUUUUUGAUCAACUUAUGUACAAGGUCGACGUAUACAAUAUCAACGACAUGUAUAAUAUCGUACAUUUUUGCAACAACAAAUUUCGUUGAAACUUAUGAUAAUACUGUCGAUAUUUAUGGAUUCUACAUGGUAUUGAUCGUAUAAGUAUAAUGAAGCAUAUGAAAUUUUUUUCCGAAAUACAGAAAAAUGCAUUUCAAUUUAUAGACGGCACUUGGAUCUUUUAAAUCUAAUAAAAAAUAUAAAGAUGUCAGCCUAGCCGUCCUGGAUAAUGAUAUAUGGAAAGUUAUUGUCAUUGAUUAUAAUUAAUAGAUAGUGUGCCUACAAAUAUAAAUUUGCACCAAACAUAAUUUAA